AAACCGCAGCUUUACAGCACAAAGAAGUGAAGGCCUCCCAUUCCAUUCCCAAUCAACGCCAAACUAUCCGCCAACUAGAUAGAUCUCCGCCACCACCGCCCCCAUGUCCUCCGCCGCCGUCGCCGACAACCAGUUCGCCACGCCGACGCUGGACGCCGAGUCAUCCAGCAUCCUCCAGUCCGUCUCCUCCCACGGCGGGUACGCCUACGUCAGGAUGGCCACGCUGGCCGCCGCCGGCGACUCCCGGGCGGCGGAGGCCGCCCACGAGAUGGCGUGGGAGCAGCUCCACUCGGGGCCCUGGCACUCCGUGCUCCCCGUCUGGCCGGACGCCUACUCCAUGUCCUGCCUCCACGUGGCCAGGUUCCACUGCCGGGACGGCGAGUACAAGGAGGCGCUUAGGGUUUUGGACAUGGGGCUGAUCAUGGGCGGAAUGCUUCUCCGGGGCGACUUGGAUUCGGCCAUCCAGAUCAUCUCGGCGAAAUCUAGAGGUGGGGGCGGGGAAAGGGAGGGAGGGAAGUGGAGAUUGGUUGAGGAUGGGGAGUUUAAUAAGGCGGAGGUGCUUCGUGUUUUGCCUGUGAAAUCGUUGACUUGCAAGCUUGUGGCGAAGAGAUCGGGUCUAUCGCUGGAAGGGUUUCUCCGGGAUCAUUUCUUAGCUGGUUCGCCGGUUAUCAUCAGCGAUGGUAUGGCUCACUGGCCGGCCAGUAGAAAGUGGAACGAUGUUGAUUAUCUGAGAAGGGUGGCCGGCGAUAGGACGGUUCCAGUUGAGGUUGGGAACAACUAUUUAUGCCAGGAGUGGAAGCAAGAGCUAAUAACCUUUUCCCAGUUUCUCGAGCGUAUUAGCGCUUCCUCUGGUGUCCCCACUUAUCUUGCUCAGCACCCAUUAUUCGACCAGAUAACUCAACUGCGGAAUGAUAUAUGCAUCCCUGACUACUGCUGCGCUGGCGGCGGAGAGCUUAGGUCUCUUAAUGCUUGGUUUGGCCCUGCUGGCACGGUUACACCUUUGCACCAUGAUCCUCACCAUAACAUACUUGCACAGGUUGUUGGCAAGAAGUACAUCAGGCUUUACUCUGCUUCACUGUCGGAGGAACUCUAUCCGCAUAAUGAAACCAUGCUCUUCAACUCCAGCCAGGUUGAUCUCGACAACAUAGACGAGAAGCAAUUCCCAAAGCUGCACGACCUGGAAUUCCUGGACUGCAUUCUGGAGGAAGGUGAAAUGCUCUACAUACCACCAAAAUGGUGGCACUAUGUCCGGUCUCUAACGACUAGUCUUUCGGUUAGCUUUUGGUGGAAUAACGACCCUGGAAGCUCAUCCAUGUCUUCCUAGCAGCAGCCAUUCUUCGCAUCUGGCUUUAAUCCGGUAGGGGGUGGAUUGAUUAAUCAAGUAGUUGCUAAUUUCCAGCACCAACAAGCACUUUCUUGCUUUGCUUGGUGGGAGAAGGAAAAGGAGGAGAUUUUGAUUCAUUAUGACAAACUAUUUCCUCGUGUAUAGGGCUAUAGAUACAUUAAUGCUGAGUAAUUAGUUGUGGUUUUUUAGGGUUUAGAACAAGUAUUGGUGUUACAAUUAUGAG